AUGGAAAGAAGUAGAUACGUAGAUGUCCACUCUCUGCGCUAUGUGACCGAGAGAGACAACCUGGUGACGCACAUAUUGAAAGUGUUGCUUGAGGUGGUGACUGCCACGACCUUCGUGAUGCUGGACCGGUUAUUCUACGAGGCCCUGGACGUGGUGGAUGGUUCUGGAACAUUAGCGAACAUGGUUCGCACCGUUUUGGGCGGUCUCAACGUGGACGCGUUUACGAAACAGAACGUUAGCAACCACUUGUGCAUACCUCAUCCUCGGCUCAUACCCUCAUCGUUUUACAUCAAGAUCUACGGUGGAUACUUGUGGAUAUUGUUACUGCUCUACAUUGAUCCGUUCACAGUACGAUUAAGAAGGUUCUAA